ACAGAUGGCUAACCUGCUACAUGCUACAGCAUGUAGCACAAGGAAUGUUUUAUAAAUGUGGUGUUGCAUUAAAGCUUCCAGCUUAUCACCUGACGGUCUGUGACUCCUUCAACGAGACAUUUAAUCCAAACUGACAUUAUUUGCACCAUGGCGGAGCAUUUCCACCUGAACACACCGCUGCUGGAGAGUGUCAACAUGUCCAGACGGGCGGGAACCACCGUGUAUUUAAAGAUGGAGAAUUCACAGCCCUCUGGCUCCUUCAAGAUCCGAGGCAUUGGACACCUCUGCCAGCAGCUCGCCAGACAGUCUAAAGGAGUUGUCUGCUCUUCAGGUGGUAAUGCAGGUAUGGCUGCAGCCUAUGUAGCCAGAAAAAUGGGUGUACCAGCCACCAUCAUAGUUCCCUCCUCUUCUCCUCAGAUGGUCAUUCGUAAGCUUCAUGAUCAGGGCGCUGCAGUCAAGAUUAUAGGGAAGGUUUGGGAUGAUGCCAACACAGAAGCUCUCAGACUGGCAGAAACUGAAGGACUCACCUACGUCCCUCCAUUUGAUCACCCACUGCUAUGGCAGGGCCACGCCAGUAUGAUCUCAGAAGUGGCAGCCUCUCUGGGUCCCAGUGUGAAGCCUGGAGCUGUGGUGGUGUCUGUGGGUGGAGGAGGUCUCCUGUGUGGAGUCAUCCAGGGCUUGAAGGCUGUAGGCUGGACGGAUGUACCGAUUGUCGCCAUGGAGACAGUGGGGGCAGACUGUUUUAACGCUGCGGUUAAGGCAGGGAGGGUGGUCACUUUGGAUGACAUCACCAGUGAGGCUAAAUGUCUCGGAGCAAAGACUGUUUGCAAGCAGGCCUUUGAAUACAGCCGGUGCAGCGAGCUGACGAUCAUCUCUGAACUGGUGACUGACCAGCAGGCUCUGCAUGCUGUCGAAACAUUCCUCGAUGAGGAGCGUGCGUUGGUGGAGAUGGCAUGUGGAGCAGCACUAGCAGCUGUCUACAGUGGACUUAUACGCAGAUUACAGGAUGAAGGUCGCCUGCCCGCUCUCCUAGGCCCCCUGCUGGUGAUUGUGUGCGGUGGCAGCAGCGUCGACAUGCAACAGCUGACCAACCUCAAAAACAAACUACGGACCUAAGCUGCUGAAUGUGUGCUAGCAGGUGUGUGUGUAUGGGUACAUAGCAAUAAAUGUAUUUCUAUGUGAUCAGGGUUACAACAGCAGAAAAGUCAUUGCAGCAAUUCAGAGAAUGUUCCCUUGAACACUGCAGUGUCAUUUCUAAGUUGCAUGAAAUAUAAAAUUGCAAUUAAGGUUCACAGAAAACUGAGUCCAUUUCUGCCGUUAUAAAUUAUUAGAUCACAUCUUGAUACGAACAUGUUGAACACAAGCUCACUUGGAUGUCAUUGUUCAGUUACAAGGUUUCCCCACAUGGUGGUGUUGUAGUUCACUGUUGAAAUAUACUGGCCAUCCACAGAGUGUGAGUCAGAUACAGAAAGCUGAACAGAUAUUUUUGUUGACGAGAUUUAAUUAUUAUUAAUUAUUAUUUAAUUAUUGUACUUCAGCGCAGCACUGACAGUCUGAGCCACAACAAAACUUCUCUUACAUUUCAUAUUCAUUUAAAGACACUACAAAUAUCUGUGUGUUUUACUCUUUCCUUGAUCUUUUUGUAGAAAACACUUGAAACCCUGGAGAACACAACAGCCUUUUACUGUAAUACUGGUACAUGUCAUUUUCACCUACACAUUAAAUUUAGUAGCUCAGUCAAGUUGUGUUACGUGUAGGAAGCUAUUACUAUGGAAACAGCUCCUCACUGUUCAGCCUGUAUCAGUGUAAGAGUUGAGUUUAUCAAUCUGUUGAUGGGCUUUGCCUUGGUAGGUCUCAGAAAAUGGACCAAAAUGGACUCCUUCACUCUUUGCACACUUUAUCACAGAUUUAAUUUUAAAUGGAUAUAUUUUUUGCCCAUCCAUCUACACCCAACAACCCCAAAUGUGAAAACAUGUUUUUAAAAUUUUUUACACAUUUAAUAAAAAUCAAAAAUUGGUAUCUCUCAAUAACAAAAGUAUUCAGACCCUUAAUUCAAGACUUUGUAGAAGCCCCUUUGGCAGCAAUAACAUCUUCAAGUCUUCUUGGCCGAGUGUCUACAAGCUCUGCACACCUGAAUUUGGGCAGAUUCCUCCCUAACCCUAACCCAGAUCCUCUCAAGCUCCAUCGGACUGGAUGGAAGGCGCAUGUAAAUCUUCAGGCCACUCCACAGAUGCUUUAUUGGGUUUAAGUCUAGGCUUUGUCCCCAAAGCUGCUCUAGCUUUGUCCUGGUAUGCUUUGGGUCAUUGUUGUGCUGAAAGGUGAACUGUCGCCCUGAGUCUCAGGUUGCAUGUACUCUGGAGCAGAUUUUCUUCAAGGACCUCUCUGUAUCAUCCUUCCCUCAAUUCUGUCCAGUUCGCUUGUCCUUGCCGCCACAAUUUCUCCAUUAAAGUUUUAGAAACAUCUCAAGGAUGAUUAAAGAAAAGAGGAUCCACCUGACCACAAUUUGGAGUGACACAGCAAAGUGUCUGAAUUCUUUUGUAAAUGAGACAUUUCAAACAGGAAUGAAAAUAACUCUAUAACCUUGUGGUGGUGAAGCUUGAAGUUCUUUGUGAUGAUGAUGAUGAUGAUGAUGAUGAUGAUGAUGAAGGCUUAUGCUGUAGUGCAGGCUUUGGUAUGUUUACAAUAGGUGUUUGGUUGCCAUACCAUGUAAUUUACAUAUUUGGUACAAGAUAAUUAAUGUAAACACCAUCAGAAUUCUUUUUUGUGGUGUCCCGGUGGCUCACCUGGCAGAGCGCGUACCAUGGAGGCUUAGUCCUAACCGCAGUGGCCCGGGUUCAGUCUGACCUGCGGGCCUCUGCUGCAUGUCAUCCCCUCACUGUCAUCCCCUCUCUCUCUCUUCCUGACCUUCCUGUCUCUCUCUCCCUAUC